AUGGCAGCAGUCGCAGUUAUGAGGAAUGAUUCUCUUCAAGCUUUCCUUCAGGAUCGAACUCCAAACUCCUCUCCGGAAUCUAACAAGAGCUCGCACUUAGCACUGCUGGCUGCCACCUGUAACCGCAUCGGGCACCCGCGCGGACCCAGUCCCGCCGAGUUUCUCCAAGUCCAGUACGACACGAGCCUCAGUUCGCCCUCCGGUUUCUUCCAUCCGUGGAGCAACGACGGAGUCGCACAGAGCACUUUCUCGUGUAAUUCCGCUUUGGGAGUGUCGCCGAAACCACAGCUCUCCACGCACAUCCAGCCCUCUUUCAAUCCACAUCACGAACUUCCUCUGACUCCUCCGGCGGACCCGAGCUAUGCGUAUGAUUUCUCUCCGGUGAAGAUGUUACCUUGUUCCAUGCAGUCACUACAGUCCAGCUGCCCUCCCACAUAUGUUCCGGCCGUCCCGUUCACCGCGCAAGCCCCUAUACCGUCUUCAAUACCAACAUUUGUUCCCUCGCACACAGGACUGAUGGACCAGCAGCCAAGACAUCUGUCGCCAGGCACUAACGAGGCUAUACCUUGGUGGAGCUUACAGCAAGGUGGUUCUGUUGGACAUUCUUCAUCGAUCGCUUCUCAUCGGUUUCCGUUACAACGAGGCUUGGUAUUGGGUCACACGGAGUUUGCGCAGUACCACAAUCAAAUAGCCGCGCUCUUGCACUCGAAAUCUCCACUCGGUGGCGCGAGGAGGUGCCGCAGGUGCAGGUGCCCCAACUGUCAGAACUCAAGUUCAAAUGACGAGCCGGGGAGGAAGAAACAACAUGUGUGUCACAUCCCAGGCUGUGGAAAAGUAUACGGUAAAACUUCCCACCUCAAAGCGCAUUUGCGAUGGCACUCGGGCGAACGGCCGUUCGUGUGUAACUGGCUGUUCUGCGGAAAAAGUUUCACGCGCUCGGACGAGCUGCAGAGGCACUUGCGCACGCACACGGGCGAGAAACGUUUCGCUUGUCCGGACUGUUGCAAACGUUUUAUGCGCAGCGACCAUUUGGCCAAGCACGUGAAGACGCACCAGGGCAAAAAGGGCAGACAGCCACAUCGCGUGCUGGAACACAUGAAGAGAGAGGAUAUAAGGAAUUUCUAA